AUGGAAGGAACUGCACUUCCUCUACCCCUUCCUUCUGAUGUUGAUCUAGAAAUCCAAGCAACACCACCCAUUGUUGGUUUUUCUUCCUCUUCUGAAGCCGAUCAUAUCAAGUUAGCAAGGAUGGAUAUUGGUAUCUGGUUUGCAGCUACAACACCUCUUGUGGUGUUUUACUAUCAAGAACGUCCACAUGUUCCGUCGCUGCUCCGAUUCAGUCUUUUUGCCUUCAUGCUAGCCUCCUUGGUCUACUUGUUAGGUAUCUUUAUACACUACAAGCUUCCAUCCGUGGCUAUAGUGAUGAUUCGAUUGGGAGUUGCUAUUGCUGCAGAAAUGAUGGCAGAUUUGGGGGCAAAUAUUUCAGAAGAUGGAACUGUCGAAACAUUUGGCAAUGAUGAUAUUGCUCUCAAGGCGGUUGAUGAUGAAGUCGUGGUUGUGGACCUUACACAUUUUGGUCGUAUAAGAGUCACAGGAGAAGACCGGAUUCAGUUUCUUCAAAACCAAAGCACAGCAAAUUUUGAAAGCCUCCGUGAAGGACAGGGAUGUGACACCGUUUUUGUUACGCCAACCGCUCGUACAAUAGACAUUGCUCACGCAUGGGUUAUGAAAAAUGCGAUUACAUUGGUGGUUUCGCCUCUUACAGGAAAAAGUAUAACUGAAAUGCUUACAAAGUACAUAUUUUUUGCUGAUAAGGUAGAAGUUCAGGACAUCACAAAGCAAACAUGCUUUUUCGUACUCAUUGGACCUAAGAGUAACAAAGUAAUGGAGGAGUUAGGCCUUGGUGAUCUUGUUGGGAAACCAUAUGGCACACAUCUACAUUAUAGUGUGCAUGGAAUGCCAAUAACUGUGGGUGUUGGCGGUGUGAUUUUUGAAGAAGGGUUUUCUUUGUUGUUGUCGCCUGCUGCUGCUGGAUCUGUCUGGAAAGCUCUUGUAAAUCUUGGUGUCAUCCCAAUGGGUGCUAAUGCAUUUGAAAGAUUGAGAAUUCUACAAGGUACGAAGCUCUUGAUGACAGUUCUCAAAUGGGAUGCUUAAUUACUUUGACUUGUAUAUUUCUUGGAUUGUCCAAUAAUUUGCUGUACCAAUUCGAAAACAUUUACAAUGAAAUAGCUUGCCAUUAAAUUUGCAACUUCUUUGAAUUUGAAUAAUUUUUCUUGGCUUAUUAUAAGCCUUGUAAAAUAUUGCUCAUGUAGGACUUUAGUAAUUACUUGAAUUCAUCAAUCUCAAUUGAAUUCUGACUGUGUAUAAUUAAUGUAGGAAUGGAUUUGACAACCAAACCAGCCCCAAACUGCAGGAACUUUUAAACUAAGAACAACCAAAACCAAUAGCAAACUUAUAGCACAAAAUCAGACU